AUGGCUUGUGAAUUAUCCUGCAAAUACAUUGUGCUGUUGAUUCAUGCUUUAGGUUCCAGUGCCGGAGCUGGGAGCGGGGAGUAUCACAUCUAUCGAAAUAUCCGAAAGAAAGAAAAUCAGAGAAUCCAGUUCAUCGAACAACAGGCUUUAAAGGAAAAAUUAGACAGAGAGUUCCAGGAAAAACUUGAGAAGCGAAAACGAGAGGCGGAAGAGAAAACAGCACGAAACAGAUCGAAAGGUUUUAUAGUACAAUUGUUAGACAUAAAUCAUAUAGAUAUAUGUUCAGGUGUAAAGGAAGAGCCAGAGAGUGACAGCGAAAGUAACAGUUCAGAGAAUGAUGAACACAAGGAACAGAAUACUGAAGAUGCUGACUUUAGAGAAAGUGAAUGCAAAGUAGAAGCUGAACAACAGUACGAAGUACUUCAGGAUAAGGAUUCAGCUAAAGAAGUUGCUGACAAAAAGAAUCACGUGACAAAAGAGUGA